ACCUCUGAUAAGCGUCGUUUCUCCGAAGUUCUGUUAAAUUAAACCAGGUUCCGUGCCGGCCGAACCAGCAAGGCGCCGACGAUGUAAACUAGACCUGCUGCAGAUUAGUGGCGUGGUGACGGGAGAGUUGUUGUGACGACACGGUAACACGUUGAUGGCAAGCCAGGCCUGGCUGGAGUUUUCCCUGCGUCGCUCGGGCAGGCUUGGCUUGGAGGUGCUGGAGCGAGCGUCCAGGCGCGAUGUUGACUGGACCGGCAUCAGAGCAUCCCAGACCUCCGCUACUGAGCGUACCCAGUCGGAGCUUCGUGAUGCCUUUGCAAAUAUCACCUCGUUCAUGGCACAGACGAGCCACCACUGCCAGAAGUAUUAUGAGUCUAGCUGCAGGGAGCACAGCGCCGCUGAGAGGGAGCACAUGUCCAGGUUCCACAUGCGGCCAGGACCUGGGCAGACGACAUCUACACAGCCCAGGAGAAAACCUCGUUUCCCUCAGAGCCCCGUCUUGGCUAGGGAUGAAGACUUUUACAUCGAGGUGUCACCUGGAAUGUACUCCGUCUCUGCCAGUGUCCCAGAUUCCCAGCCACAGACUCACCUGGUCAGCAUUCAACCUGGAGAGAGCGUCGUCCUCACUUUUAACUUCUGACAUCUUGGCCGAGCUGACCUGGCCGUUCUGAACUUCAAUAACAGAACUGACCAAUGCUAAGGCUA